AUGCUAGUUUCGCUUACCGUUGGAAAGGUCGAUGCCGGCCUAGCCAUCCUUCUUACCGAGGAGAAACGAUUGGUAGGUUUGGCCGCAUCUACUUGCGGGCAGGUAGCCCCGCCGGAGGAGGGUAUUUAUGGAACUGACAAAGUCAAGAUCGAAUUCCCCUCCGUCCUUUUACCUUCUGGAAUCGCAUCCGGCUCAAUAGUCGAUAUUCAGAUCUCGCAGAACACAGAAGCCGAGAACGCAGCAAGAGAGGCCUUCCAUUCUCUCCAGGAGGAGAUCUACAACCUCUAUGGGAUCCAUUCUCCUUCAAAACCCAUCCUGCGUGUUAGGAAUGCCACGCAGACAUCUGUUGUGCUCGAGUGGGAUCCGGUCCAACUAGCUACAGCCACCCUCAGAAGUUUGACCCUCUACCGUAAUAAUUCAAAGGCCGGGGCUAUCCCGAACCCAACAACCCACACAUCUACAAAGAUCAGCGGACUAGCAUUGGAUACCGAAUACUCUUUCCAUCUCGUCUUGCGAACCAGUGCAGGUACCUACUCCAGCGAGAAGCUAGCCGUCAGAACCCACAAGAUGACCGACCUCUCCGGUAUCACGGUAUGCCCUGGCGUCAUGCCCGGAGAGACUAGGGAGGAACUCGAAACUACACUUCAGAGGAUUGGGGCCAAGCCACUCCAGGAUUUUGUUAGAAUCGACACAACACACUUUGUUUGUACGGAGGGACGUGGCCAGAAUUGGGAAAGGGCGCAGGAGAUGAAUAUUCCUGUUGUUAGACCGGAAUGGCUGCAUGCUUGUGAGAAGGAAGGGAGGAUCGUGGGAGUUAGGCAAUUCUAUCUAGGUGCAGAUGUGAGUAGGAUGAGGCAGGGGCUUCAGCAACAGGGCUCCCGUCCUCAGCAGCAGCAUCGACCCAUGCAGAGCAUAACGGAAAGCCCAGUUACAACUCCAGUUGCAGCCCCAGUUGCGGAGAGACGGGAUAGCAGGCACGAAAUUCCACCCGUAGAGAGAAGAGAGACUAGGCAGGAGAGCCCUGCUCCCGUCACAAGGCCUGAGGAGGAGGGGGAAGAAGAGACACAGAAGGGGGAGGAUAAGCAGGGAGGCCCGGAGGAAGAUCAGAAGAAGGAGAAGGCGCCUUCUGAACAUAGCGCUGAAGAGGAGGCUGCUGAUUUCGUGACUUUGGGUAACGGAAGACCUACACCUACAGCUCUUGAUCCAGAGACGCCGGUUACAGACACGGGAAAACCUGAGGAGGGAUUUGAGGAAGUUCGACUUUGA